AUGCAGAGGAAUGGGGUGAUGGAAUGCAGUGUCUGCCACUCCAAGGUGGUGGCGGGGACCCCCAGGAGCAUAUCAAGGGCAUACGACAAGCACAAGAGCAAGAUAUCAUCCAAACAGCGCGUGCUCACCUUCCUUCUUGUGUCCGGGGACUGCGUCUUGGUCGGGCUUCAGCCUAUCCUAGUCUUUAUGUGCAAGGUUGAUGGGAAAUUUCAGUUCAGUCCCAUCAGUGUUAACUUUUUGACGGAAGUUACAAAAGUUUUCUUUGCUAUGAUAAUGCUAAUAAUUGAGUCUAGAAAACAGAAGGUUGGGGAGAAGUCACUUCUGUCAGUUUCGACCUUUGUACAGGCAGCCCGUAACAAUGUACUCUUAGCUAUUCCCGCUCUACUAUAUGCCAUCAACAACUACUUAAAGUUUAUCAUGCAGUUAUACUUCAACCCCUCGACUGUGAAGAUGCUAAGCAACCUGAAGGUACUCGUCAUAGCUGUACUCCUAAAGUUUAUAAUGCGAAGGAAAUUCUCUAUAAUUCAGUGGGAAGCCCUUGCCCUGCUGCUUAUUGGAAUCAGCGUGAAUCAACUACGCUCAAUGCCUGAGGGCACCAAAACUUUUGGUCUUCCAGUCACCGCAAUUGCAUACAUAUACACACUAAUAUUUGUUACUGUCCCAUCGUUUGCCUCUGUCUACAACGAGUAUGCAUUAAAAAGUCAGUUCGACACAAACAUCUAUCUUCAGAAUGUGUUUCUGUAUGGUUAUGGUGCAAUUUUCAAUCUCCUUGGUAUCCUAGGAACCGUCAUAUUUCAAGGGCCAGAGAGUUUUGAUAUCCUUCGAGGGCAUUCAAGGGCCACUUUUUUCCUCAUUUGUAACAAUGCUGCGCAAGGAAUUCUCUCUUCAUUCUUCUUUAAAUAUGCAGACACAAUUUUGAAGAAGUACUCAUCAACAGUGGCCACAAUUUUUACUGGUCUAGCAUCUGCUGCAUUUUUGGGACAUACCCUGACUAUUAACUUUCUAUUAGGCAUCUCAAUAGUGUUUAUCUCAAUGCACCAGUUUUUCUCGCCAUUAGCCAAAGUCAAAGAUGACAAACCAGCUGGAACUUUAGAGUUGGGAGAUGCACAGAAACAUAGGUCAUCCGAUUCUUCUUUUGUAAAUAUGACUGCUGGUGCUGCUGAUGAUGCAAGCCACAUUAGCGAUGAUAGAAAACCAUUGUUGCCAAUCUAA